AUGUCUCCGCUUUCAUUUGCCGUGUCGUUCUUCUACCUCUACAUAACCGGCUCGGUUUUCUUCGAUACGGCCCAUUACCUCCUCCACCAGUGGUCGAAGUCACAAUGGCGGUUCUUGCGAUGGCUGUCUUGGUGUCACCAAUUCCACCAUCUCUACUAUAACCGCUCCCUGAAGUUCAAUAAUCGAUACUUACGGCAGAAUGCAUGGAUUUCGUUGCCAUUGGAGAUGCUCAGCAAAAUCCUAGGAAGCGUCCUCGGCUGGUUCCUCGCCCGUAGCUUAAUCACAGAUAAUAACGGAGAUCCCGACACCACGCCGCUUAUCUUGGUAUCCGCCUUCGAAUUUAUAAGAACGAUGGUAGUUAUUGCCAUGAGCGGCCGAGACUCGAACCACAUCGCCUUCGACACAGUGCCCAAAGACCGCAGCUGGCUUUUCGUCGGCCCCGAGUUUCACGCCCUCCAUCACGUUUAUCCCGAUCGGUACAUGGGUUCGAUGGUCAAACUCUUCGACUGGGUAGCAGGCACCGCAUACUUCGUCCGAAACAAAAGGGUAGUCCUCACAGGCGGAUCGGGCGCCUUCGGACGCGCAAUUGAGAAACAACUACUGGCAGAAGGGGUGAAAGACGUCCGGAAAAUAGGGUUCGGGAAAGAUUGGACACAUCAAGAUUUCUCGCGUGUUGGUCCAAUUCUCGAAGACGCCGAUAUCCUCAUACUGUCGCAUGGCACCAAGGGUCUAGAUGCCAUGGAUUCCAAUUGCAAUUCGACCAUUCGUUUCAUCGAGUUAUUCCUACAACAGCAAGCAGCCGGGGAAGGACGGGCGAGUAAGACAGUCCCGGAGAUAUGGUACGUCGGCAGUGAGAUCGAGAUACAUCCUGCUUGGGGUAUUCCCGAGAUGCAACGAUACUCCGCGUCCAAGCGCGCGUUUAUGCCCUACGCUCGUGCUCUAUACGAUGAUCCACGCGUUAUUUACCGGCAUAUUGUGCCUGCUGCCUUCGAGUCGCAGAUGGGUAAGGCUAUUGUGUCGCCGGACUGGGCGGCGCGUGUGGCUAUGUGGUGGAUUCGGCGUGGAGCGUGCUAUGUCCCUGUUACUUAUACUGGGCUUGCUUAUUUGAACUUCUUCAAGUUCCAAUACCUUGUUCGGCCGGAUAUGAGCCGCGGGUCGAAGGCAAAGUCAACAUGA